GUCGUUCCGAACUGAAAAAAAAUGCAAUCUUGCAACCUUAGUAACCCCGGCCCACGACAGAUUCCAGACGCCGAUCUGAGGAUGGCCGAGUUUUUGAUCGGCGGGCUGUACCGUUGAUUCGUGACAAACAAGUUUUCUUACCCUCCAUAAGGUAUCUUCUGCUUCUAAUUUGAACCAGUUUUGAUUCUCUAAGCUGUAAUUUUGUCAAUGGCUGUAAAACCCAAGUCUCGUACAAUUCUCGAACCCCUCGGGGAAUCCGCCGUUGAUUGCAGCAACUCUUCGAUCAAAUCAGUCGCACUCGCCACACUUCCCGACGGCCAAACGCUAAUUUACAUCGCCACUGUCUCCGGCGUGCUGUUACUCUACUCCCUCCGGAUAUCCCAAAUCGACCCUCUCGAAAUCGCUUUCGUCAGACGCCUCUCUCUCCCUGGAGCAGGUACCAGCAAUAGCAGCUCAUUGAAUUACAUCCAGCCUCUUGUCCACAUCGAUAAGGUUAUCGUCCUUGCCGAUGGAUUCUUGUAUUUGCUCGACUCCCGUUUACUCGAACCUGCUAAAAGAAUUAGCCUCUUCAAAGGCGUCACUGCAUUUUCUCGUAAAUUUCGAAGCAUAAAAUCCGGUACUCAUACCAACGGGGGCAGUCAAGCAAAUUAUGUGUAUAGCAAUGGCGGUAACAUUGAUAGCAGCAAUUUAUUUGCCAUUGGGAUCGGGAAAAAGUUGGUAUUAGCAGAGUUGAUUUUAAGUGGGUCUUUGGUAAUCUUGAAGGAGAUUCAAGGGGUUCUCGAUGGGAUGAUUACGGCUUUAUUGUGGGUUGAUAAUUCUAUAUUUGUUGGUACCAAGGUUGGGUAUUAUUUGUAUAACUGCAUAAAUGGGCAAUGCGGGCUUAUCUUUUCACUACCGGAUUCUUCUGGCAUGCCACGACUGAAAUUAUUGGUUAAGGAGUCGAACAUGUUGUUAAUGGUUGAUAAUGUGGGUAUUAUCGUAGAUAUAGAGGGGCAGCCAGUGGGAGGGAGCUUGGUGUUUAAAGAGACUCCAGAUUCAUUUAGGGAAAUAGGAAGUUAUGUGGUGGCUACAAGAAAUUCAGCAGUGGAGUUGUACCACAAGAAAAUUGGGUGCUGUGUUCAGAGGUUCGUGGUUGGGAAUGGGGGUGGGGGCCCCUGUUUGCUGGCAGAUGAGGAGAAUGAGAGUGGGAAUCUUGUUGUUGUUGCGACGAGUUUGAAGCUUAUUUGCUAUGGAAAAGUUUCUGAAGAAGCACAAAUCAAGGAUAUGCUCAGGAAAAAGAGCUUCAAGGAAGCCAUGUCCUUGGUUAAAGAGCUUGAGAACGAAGGUGAAAUGACAAAGGAGAUGCUCUCUUUUGUCCAUGCGCAGGUGGGAUUCCUCUUGCUCUUUGACUUGCAUUUCAAGGAAGCAGUAGAUCACUUCUUGCUUUCAGAAAACAUGCAGCCUUCUGAACUGUUUCCAUUCAUUAUGCGAGACCCAAAUCGCUGGACCCUUCUGGUUCCGAGGAACCGAUAUUGGGGUUUGCAUCCUCCUCCUACACUUCUUGAAAAUGUUAUAGAUGAUGGAUUGACUGCUAUUCAAAGAGCUGUUUUCCUUAAGAAGGCGGGUGUAGAGUCUGCUGUUGAUGCUGAGUUUCUUCUAAAUCCACCUAGUAGAGCUGAUCUAUUAGAGUCUGCCAUAAAAAACAUGAUAAGGUACUUGCAAGCUUGUCGUGUAAGAGAUCUGGCAGUUUCAGUGAGAGAGGGAGUUGACACCCUUUUGAUGUACCUGUAUAGGGCUCUCAAUUGUGUUGACGACAUGGAAAGACUUGCAUCUUCUGAGAAUAGCUGUGUAGUGGAGGAGCUAGAAGCACUACUCACCGACUCUGGGCAUUUACGCACACUUGCUUUCUUGUAUGCUGGUAAGGGGAUGAGUGCAAAGGCUCUUUCUACUUGGCGCAUAUUGGCAAGAGAUUAUUCAUCAAGUAGCAAUCACAAAGAUCAAUAUGUGGAAACUGAUUUACAAGAUCCUUCUAGAAAAAUUAUCUUCAGUCCUGAAACUGCUGCUAUAGAGGCGUCUAAGAUUCUUGAGGAGUCCUCAGACCAAGAUUUGGUACUCCAACACCAUGGAUGGAUUGCAGAUAUCAACCAGGUGAUUGCUGUUCAAAUUUUGAUAUCAGAGAAAAGAAUCGGUUUGCUAUCACCAGACGAAGUUAUUGCUGCAAUUGAUCCCAAAAAAGUGGAAAUUCUUCAAAGAUAUCUCCAGUGGUUGAUCGAAGACCAAGACUCUGAUGACUCACGGUUCCAUACAGCAUACGCGGUCUUGCUCGCCAAGUCAGCACUUGAAACUAUUGAUGUGAGCCUUUCAACUCAAGGUUCUGUGGCUGGAAGGCCAGAAAAGGAGAUGAAAGUUUCUGAACAUGGAGGGAGCUCAAUUUUUGAAAGUCCUGUCAGGGAAAGACUUCAGAUUUUCUUAGAGUCAUCGGACUUAUAUGAUGCAGAAGACGUCCUUGAAAUGAUUGAAGAAUCGGAUCUAUGGCUAGAAAAGGCUAUUCUUUAUCGGAGGCUUGGUCAAGAAACACUUGUGCUAAAUAUUUUGGCAUUGAAAUUGGAGAAUUACGAAGCUGCUGAACAAUACUGUGCAGAGAUUGGUCGACCAGAUGCAUAUAUGCAAUUGCUUGAGAUAUAUUUGAACCCGAAGGAUGGAAGAGAGCCCAUGUUUAAAGCUGCUGUCCGUCUUCUCCACAAUCAUGGAGAAAUGCUAGAUCCCUUGCAAGUGCUAGAGAGAUUAUCUCCAGAUAUGCCACUCCACCUGGCCUCAGACACAAUAUUGAGGAUGUUGAGGGCCCGCCAUCACCACCAUCGUCAAGGAAAAAUAGUGCAUAAUAUGUCGCACGCGUUAGUGAUAGAUGCAAGCUUGGGAAGAAUGGAGGAAAGGUGUAGGAAUGUGCAGAUAAACGAUGAAAGCACUUGUGGUUCUUGCCAUGCUCGUCUUGGUACUAAACUAUUUGCAAUGUACCCUGACGAUUCCAUUGUUUGUUACAAGUGUUACCGGCGUCAAGGCGAGUCCACUUCUGUAAGCGGGCGUGAUUUCAAGAAAGAUAGUUUAGUCAAGCCUGGUUGGCUCGUUACACGAUUAUGACGAACUGGAAGAUCGUCCAGCGAAUUUAAUUCGGAAUCUUUGAAGGUUGAUGAUGUUGCAUCUGUGUAUAGCAUCUGCCGGCUUAGUGACAUUAUGGUUUCGCCCUUGUUGAUUAAAAUUUUGAACAUGAGAACAAUAAGAACAUUUUUAGUUCUUACUGCAGAUGUACAUAUAUAGUGUUUUAACUUGUCGAAAUU